AGUGGUUUGGUUUACCGUCCAUCCCGAGUGACAUAUCGGAUUAGAUUCGGCAUUGAUUCGGAAAUUUAUCAAAUUGUAGCCGCUGUCCACACUGUGGGCGCUGAUCAAACAAGUAAAGACGAAGAGUCUUGUGAAAAGUUCUUUUGUUUUGUUUUAAACUCUGCGAGGUAUUUUGAUGCUUUAACAGUCCUCUUMUACACAUCAUGAYAUUGUGAAUGACACUUAUUAUUUUAUAAUGGCCCUGCACUGGAUACAGCAAGUAGAGGGAGGCCCACGACGAGUCAACCAUGCGGCUGUGUCCGUUCGCGAAAGAUUCAUCUUCAGUUUUGGAGGUUAUUGUACAGGAGAAGACUACGACAAAAUAGACAAAAUAGACAUUCAUGUCUUUGACGCAGUGACAAGUAGAUGGACCAAACUUAAGACAGUUCAAAUGACAGACAGUACUUAUAGCUGUAUACCAUACAUGAGGUAUGGACACAGUGCAUCACUAAUCUAUGAAACAGCUUUUAUAUUUGGAGGACGAAAUGACAAAUUUGGUGCAUGUAAUACACUUUACUGCUUUGAUACAGAGACAUUAACAUGGUCCAAACCCCAGACUCAUGGCCAGCCACCAGCAGCAAGAGAUGGCCAUACAGCAUGUGUAAUUGGAAAAAGGAUGUACRUUUUUGGUGGAUAUGAAGAAGGGGCUGAGUGUUUUUCUAAUUCAGUAGAAUUUUUAGAUGCAGAUCAUAUGGAGUGGCAUCAGUCAAGAGUAGUUGGAAAGCCAGCAAUGUGGAGAGACUUCCAUACUGCUACAGCUGUUGGUCAUGAUAUGUACAUAUUUGGUGGCAGAGGUGAUGUUCUUGGUCCUUACCAUUCAGGACAAGAGAUUUAUACCAACGCAAUAUCAAUCUUUGAUACAGUUAAAAAUUAUUGGCACGUUGCAUCAACGUCAGGAGAUGUUCCUCUUGGUMGGCGUAGUCACACGACAGUAUUGUGUGGUAAAUUUAUCUACAUGUUCGGAGGCUACAAUGGCUUAGAAAAGAAACAUUACAAUGAAAUAUACCGUCUUGAUACAACAACUCAUGUUUGGAGUAAAGUGCCUACAUACGGAAAAGGACCAUGUCCAAGGCGAAGGCACUGUUGUUGUAUGGUUGGAACGACUGCUUUAAUAUUUGGUGGAACAAGUCCUGUUGCGGAUGCUACAACAGACGAUGAGUUUAGUCUCCAAGAUCACUCUGACCUUUAUGUUCUGGACUUCAAUCCUUCUCUGAGAACACUUUGUAAGAUCGCCGUUAUUCAACACAAACUUAACGUUAACAUCCUGCCAAAAGUUUUGAGAUUGGAGUUAAGUGUACUUGAAACGAGCAUGUCUUCUGAUAGAUCAACACAUGGAUAAAUUAUUGUUCGCAGGCUGGUCUUGCAAAGCUCUAAUGUCCAAAUUAGACAGGCUUAUAGUCUACCGCACAGAUGUUUUUGGUUAUUAUCCUCGUGCUCACAUUCUUCGGCUGUAGAAUUGUCUAGCAACACUUUGCAACGUUUGGAAUUACUUUUAUUGUCUGAUGAUUAUUUUUUCAUAUUUUAGAUUUCUUCCGAGAAGAUUUUAUUAUUUGAAUUAUUCAGAUUCAAACGCGCAUUUGAAUUUUUAAGUUAACAUAUUUUUUAUUUGUACUUUUUUUCGCUCACGUGUUUUAAAUUCUUACCAUUGUUAAUAUUAAAUAAUUGUUAUUUAAUUAUUASAGCAGCAGAUUAUUUCAUCCGUAUCACUUAAGUUUAGCGCUAAACGCGCGACACGCACUUUACAGGUACAAUGCUUCCAACCCAUUACCAGUGCGUUGAAACGCGUUUAGAAGGACCUUUUCUCUCAAACAAAGAAUGAGAAUGUCCUGAUAAUAUCUUUUAUUUUAGGCUCUUGUUAGGUGAAAGCAUUUGCCAAUUUUAUUUGUACAAAAGAACACAGUGAAAAAUAAAAUGGAAAGAUAAAUAAAAAUCAGUGUUUUAAGACA